CCCCUUGAUCCUUUUGCCUUUUCUCCUCCGGCUGCUUGACUUCCAUCUUGCCUGGGGACCUUUCGUCAUGAUGCCACGGCGGGGGCGAGCGAGACGGGCCCAGCCAGCAGCUUUCAACCCCCGGAGAAGUGUCGCCCUUCACCGCCAAGAACCUCAUUUUCAGAGGUUGGAUGAUGACAUAGCUGAGCCAACGGCGGCUUCGCUGUCCGCUUCCUCAGAGCCCGUGAUGAAAGAGGAGGAGCCCUGCCUGUCAACGGCUCAUGAUCUCUUUUCCUACCUGAAGGACAAGGAGGAAGAGGAGGAGGAGGAAGACCCAGCAGAGCUGAGAGCUUACUCCCCAGUUCCUACAACAUCUGGCCAGGCGGCUGUGAAACAGACCAGCCAUUCCGAGGUCCGUGAGAUGCUGCCCUACUUCAAGGAAGAGGAGGAAGAAGAAGACGAGGGAGUUGCCGAGAUCAUCUCUUUCUCCCCUCCGAGGGCUCUUCCGCCCCCAGCCGCCCGUCGUGCUCCUCCUGCCUAUGCAGCCUCUGGCACCAUGGGCAGAACGGUUCACUCGGGAGGCGUGGAGAUGAUGCAUUUCUUUGCACCCCUGACCCACUUCCCGGUUUCUUCUUCCCACUCCAAGAGGGGACGUGAUCGGGAAGCACUCCCAGAUGCGGUCCCCCCACCGGUCCCCAAAAAGACCACCUCUGCGGUCUGGGACUAUUUCACUCUGGACCCCCGGGAGCCCUGCGUGGCCGUCUGCAGCAUGUGUCAGAAGCGGGUGAGGAGAGGGAAGGACGGCGGCACCCGCCCGGGCACCACGGCCCUUCACAAGCACUUGAAAGUCCACCACGGUCUCCACCUGCCAGGUGUCGCAGUGGUCCCUCCUUCGCCUUUGAUGCCCACGAAGGAGAGACCACACGGUACGGCUGGGACGGUCCCGGAGCCGUCCGCCCCGGCUUUUCAGCUGAACCGCCAGGACCGGAACCAGCCUUACUACCCUCCCACCCAUCCGAUGGCUCUCCAGUUGGCUUCCGAUACGGCGUGGAUGCUGGCCGUGGACAUGCAGCCCCUCUCGUACGUGGACAACGAAGGGUUCCGGCGGCUGAUGGCCACGGCCCAGCCCCGCUGGAAGGUCCCGAGCCGCACCUUCUUUGCCACCAAGGCGGUGCCCGAGUUGUCCAAGCUGGUGUCCAGAGCCGUGCGCCAAGUGGUGGCCUGCAGCUUGGGCCGCGUCGUCCACAUCGCCAUUGACACCUGGGCCGGCCGGAGGGCCGCCACUUACCUGUCCGUGACAGGGCACUGGGUCGCCGAAUUCUCAGGGGCCCUCUGUCGCAAGCACGCCACCCUCUCGGUGUGUGCCUUCGAGGGAGCCUGCACUCCGGAGGACAUCUCCCACAAGCUGAGGGAAGUCCUGCAAGACUGGCUGUACGAUCUGAAGACCGGAGGGGUGGUCUCGCACGGCGGUGGCCACGCCGCUCAGGCUGUGCGGGAGCUGCGCCUCAAGCACGCCCCUUGCCUGGCCCACGGGCUGAAGCGGGUGGCCAAGGCCUUCCUCGCCACCGACACUCACGUCCGCCGCCUCCUGAAAACCGCCCGCCGGAUCUGCAGCCGUUACAACCGUUCGGUGGCCGUCCGCCGUCGCCUUCUGGAAGUGCAGGCCAGCCUGGGCCUCCAUCCGUCCGCCAGGCCAGAGGCCCGCACGCGGUCGAACUCCACGUUAAAUAUGCUGGAGCGGCUCCACCGGCAGCGUCAAGCCGUGGGCGUGAUGCUGGACGACGACGAGGUCGGCACCCAGAUGCGCUUAACGCCGGCAGACUGGAAAGUGGUGAAGUGCCUGACGGAGAUCCUCAAGCCCUUCGAAGAUGCCACCAUGCUGGUGACCCGGCCGGAUGCCACUCUCUGCCAAGCUCUUCCCAUCCUGUGGUUUUUAGAAGAACAGAUUAGGGCCCUGCGGACGAGGUAUUACCAGGAGAACAAUAACACAGCGGCUCACCUGACAACGCAGGCCCUGGAUGGCCUUGAGGCUGACGCCCAGCUGAGGGAGAUGAAGAACAGCAUGAUGUAUCGGGUUGCGGCUUUUCUGGAUCCCCGCUUCAGAGACAUCACCACCAUGAAGCUGGGAGGGGCGGACAUGAGCGACACGGCCAUGCUGAAGGAGCACCUCCUGGACUUAGCCAGGAGAUCCUACAUUCCUCCCGGACCGGAGGGCGAGUUUUCACAGGCCAGCCCCUCGGCUCCGCAACCGCCCAGCGGUUCCACCAACCCCACCGGCUCGGCGGCGUGGCAGUUCACCAUGAAACGCUGGAGGGCCAUUACCAAAAGCGAUCCCGCCACCGUUCUGGCGACCGAAGGGGGAGCCGCGGCCGCCGCCGCCCGGGAAUUGGAGGAAUACCUUCACGACAAUGUAGACCAUAUCGGGGAGAACGCCGACCCCAUGUCGUAUUGGCAAGGGAAGAUGGGGGUUUGGCCGGCCCUCUUCAAGGUCGCCGCGUUCCAUUUCGGGUGCCCGCCCACCUCGGCGUCCUCCGAGGACCUCUCCAUCGUGGCUAGUUCGUUGGCAGUGGGAGAUCCAUCGAAGAACCUCUCCCCGGCCAACGUAAAAAUGUUUGCAUUCAUACGGAAGAAUCGCCACCUCAUCCCUCAAGACUGGAGGCUCUCCCUUGGGGACCUGUCCUCAUCCCAGAGUGCGAUGGGACCAAGGGAGGACUUGGACACCGAAGAGGAGGAGGAUCUCCUGAGAGCUGAUGAGGAAGCAGAAGAUGAGCGGGAGCCGUAACUUCCCCUGGAUGAAAGACAGCUGACUUGAACGUAGGAGCUGAAUCCAGUGGACAAUUUCAGCUAGAGUUAACCCAUGGCAUCUGUGGGCUUUACAUAAGUGUGGGCUCCCCUUCUGCAAUUGAUUCCAUUGGUCUUCUCUAGCUAUAAACAGUAAAUUGGAUUUGGACUGCAUCUUUUUCAUGUAUGUGGGGCUCCUAUUUUGUCUAGCAGUUGUGGGGGCUGAAAUUAUCUCCCGCACCUUAUCAUAUUCUCAGAUCGAGAAAGUGGAAAGGCACUUUAUGGAUUUUUUACUGUUGGGGAGGAGAGAAUACAGUAGGACUCCGUAUCCGCAGGAUCGGUAUCCACGGUUUCACUUAUCUGAAAAUAUUUAAAAAGAGAAAUAUGUAUGCCCAUGAUGGAACUACUAGAAUUGGCCACUAGAUGGAACCAGAGAUCAUGUUAUUUAUAGGGUUCACUAUUAUCCACAGUUUUCAGCAUCUGUGGGGGGAGGGGGUCAGAACCAAUGCCCCAUGGAUACAGGAAUCCUAUACAUUUGUCACCAUAGCUGUGACUUUUCUCUCUUGUACUCUCCGCUUAAAAAGAUGUUUUUGCCAACAAAUUAAUGCUGCUUCUUCAAGCCCUGUGCCAUGUCAUUGUGUAGUACCUGUGCUAAAGGAAGUUAUAUCACAAGAUAACAUCCUUUCCACGUGCAUUUUAGGAAGCAAAGCAUGGUUCCUCCAGAACGUCAGCAAUAGCCAUCUUUGUUUCUUCUCUUCUAACAAGGCACUUAGAGGGAUAUUAUUUUGUGACGUAGUGCCUUUCAGCAGAGGGGGGAAUUAUCCUGGUUUGGAGAAGAAAUACACUAACUAAUUUCCCAUGGUCUAAGAACUAUAGCAUAGUGGUCACGGAGAAGCCUUAGCUGUCAGUUAUGGCUCUCAUCUCUCCAAUAUUUAUAGGAACUGUCACAACCCACUGUUUCAUCAUUGGGGUGUUCUUUCUCCCCACCAUCAUCGAUGCUGCCCCCAAAAAGUUCUUUUAGAUCUUCAAGCACAGCACUUUUGAUUAUGUGUAUUCAAAUUGAGGAAACAGUUGCUAUUUACAAUAAUGUUGGGCUGUCAGGCUCAGCUGAAAGGAUAUAUUCCUUUAGGGUGUUGUAAGGUGGACGUUUCUCCACCUUGGUUCCUUCAGAUAUUUGAGGACUUCCAAUUUCCACAUGCCCCAGCCUGCAUGGCCAGGGUUCAGAGACUCUGAGAGAUUGAAGCUCAAAAUAUCUGGAAGGUUAGAAGUUGAGAAACCCCUCCCUUGUAACUUAAUUAUAGUCCUAAUUGGCCAAGGUGGCCAUGAGCUACCAGAGAUCAUACUCGCCGACCGGAAGCUGUGCAGAAUCCAAUUACAUCUCAGAUUAGAGAUGUUGGAAAUGAUUAAUGGUUAUCUGUGUCCUGGCUUAAUUUUCUGUUGGUGCUCUUAACUGUCUUUCCUGGAUGGAGGUCUGAAUUUGAUGUAAUCCUCUUGCACUCUUGUCAUUUCUCCUUUUCUGUAUUUCGGCUCUUUUGCUUACCAAUCUUAACCACACAUCUUUCUGUCGAUACCACUUUGACAUCAGCCAGCAGAAGAGGCUUAGCCUUAAUCCUACCUACCUCUUGCUGUUAGGCUUGGCCCAUAUCCACUAAGUCUAAAUCAGACUAUCAGACAGGAAUUCGAUUCCAGAGAGCAAUGGAUCUCAUCAACAGGAACCACAAGGAAGCCAAACGUCAAGAUAAUGAAUUCCCAUGAAAAAGUGGAUCUAACAGACAUGCAACAACAUUAUAGAAAUCAAACACUGUAGAUGCAAUUUGAAAUGCCUUUGAAAUACAUAGAAGUUGAAAAUGCUCACGUGUAGCAGAUAGCAAUUGUGUUCCCAAGAUAAAU